CAUUUCACAAUUUCAGACCGUGUUUUAGCCUAUAUCACUUUCCAAUCACCAUGUCUACUUCUAGUCAUUGUUCUUCUUUCUUCCAUACUUCUGAAUCUUCCCACAAGAGAAGAUGGCGGAUUGCUUAUGCAUCCAUCUACUCAUGCAGAGCUAUUGCAGGCAGCAUAUUAGCAAAGAAGAAAAACCCUAACGAGCAUCUCUCUGUAGUCUCACGCAUCCAGUCUUUUACUGCUAUCGAUAUGCAAGAAACCUGCGAAGAUGGUAUCAACCUCUCGGCCAUCGAUCAAGAGAGCCUGACCAAGAUUGUAACGGAGAAGGAUGUGGAAGCACUUUCUCGAUUUGGAGGAGUCGAUGGGAUUUCGGUAGCUCUUAAUACUGAUAGAGAGAGAGGUAUCAGCGGCGACACUGAUGAUCUCUAUCGUCGACGUGUUUCAUUUGGUUUAAACACAUAUAAGAAGAAGCCCACAAAAGGUUUCUUCUUCUUCGUGCUGGAAGCCAUUAACGAUCGGACACUGCUCGUCCUUUUAGGAUGCGCACUGCUUUCACUUGCGUUUGGGAUUAAAGAAGAUGGACCGAAAGAAGGAUGGUAUGAUGGGGGGAGCAUAUUCAUCGCUAUCCUUUUAGUUGUGUUCGUCACUGCUGUUAGUAACUUCCGUCAAGCGAAACAGUUCGAGAAGCUGUCUAGCAACAGAGGCGACAUCAAGGUUGAUGUGGUGAGAGAUGGGCGGCGACAGGAAAUCUCCAUCCUUGAUCUUGUAGCAGGUGAUGUUGUUUUCUUGAAGAUUGGUGAUCAAAUCCCUGCUGAUGGUUUGUUCUUAAAUGGCCAUUCCUUGCAAGUGGAUGAAUCAUCCAUGACUGGUGAAAGCGACCAUAUUGAUAUCGACUGCGAUAGGAAUCCAUUUCUAUCAUCUGGCACUAUGGUGGUGGAUGGUUUUGGGUGCAUGAUCAUCACAUCAGUCGGCCGAAACACGACAUGGGGCCAAAUGAUGAGUUCGAUAAGCUGCACUUCUGCAGAGAACACACCAUUGCAAGCUCGGCUCAAUGAAUUGACUGCCUGCAUAGGCAAGAUCGGACUAACUAUUGCAUUUUUGGUUCUUUCUGUGUUGUUGGUGCGUUAUUUCACCAGCAGCACCUUUGAUGAGAACAGAAAGACGGGUUUUGAUGGCAAGAAGAAGAUAGACAAAGUGAUUUACUCUCUCACGAAUAUUUUCGCAGCUGCCAUUGCUAUAUUGGUGGUGGCAAUUCCUGAAGGCUUACCAUUGGCUGUUACUCUUACUCUAGCUUAUUCAAUGAAGAGAAUGAUAGCUGAUCAGGCCAUGGUUCGUAGCUUAUCAGCAUGCGAAACCAUGGGCUCUGCCACCACCAUCUGCACAGACAAAACUGGGACACUUACACAAAACCAGAUGAAGGUCACACGGUUUUGGCUCGAUGAAGAAAUCAUGGAGGAAAGUAAACCCAUCAUAUCCUCUAAAGUUCUUGAAUUGUUGCACCAAGGAAUUGGUUUGAAUACCACUGGCAGUGUUUAUACACCCAAAUCUCUCCUGGCACCUGAGUUUUCUGGUAGCCCCACAGAGCGAGCAAUCCUUUCAUGGGCUGUGUUGGAACUCAGAAUGAAUAUGGUGGACUUGAAGCAAAAUUUCAAUGUUCUCCAUAUAGAAGCCUUCAAUUCUGAUAAGAAAAUGAGUGGGGCUUCCUUGCAAAAGAACGGUGAGAAGUCAGUCCAUGUGCAUUGGAAAGGAGCUGCUGAGAUGAUACUAGCCAUGUGUUCAAGUUACUAUGAUAGUAACGGGAUUGUAAAAUCCAUGCAGGAGGAGAAAAUAAAAUUCACUCAAAUCAUUGAAGGUAUGACAGCCAAUAGUCUUCGAUGCAUUGCCUUUGCUCACAAACAAAUUGUAGAAGAUGAUGCAGGUGUUGCAAAAAAGCUCCCAGAAGAAAGCUUGACAUUGUUGGGGAUUGUGGGUUUGCAAGACCCAUGUCGUCCAGGGGUGCGAUUGGCCGUGCAAGCUUGUAUAGAUGCUGGCGUUAACAUCAAGAUGAUAACUGGAGACAACGUAUCCACAGCAAGAGCUAUAGCCAUCGAAUGCGGGAUACUUAGUCCGGAUCAAGAACUAAACGAAGAAGCAGUUAUUUUAGGAGAAGAAUUCCGGAACUACUCGAUGGAAGAGAGGACAAGGAAGAUCGAUAAGAUUUGUGUGAUGGCAAGAUCCUCUCCGCUCGACAAGCUUCUCAUGGUGAAAUGCCUGAAACAAAAAGGCCAUGUAGUCGCUGUAACUGGGGAUGGAGCUAACGAUGCUCCAGCUUUAAAAGAAGCUGACAUUGGCCUUUCUAUGGGGAUUCAAGGGACUGACGUUGCUAAAGAGAGCUCCGACAUUGUUAUCAUCGAUGAUAAUUUUGCUACCGUUACUACGGUCUUAAAAUGGGGGAGAUGCGUUUAUAAAAACAUUCAAAAAUUCAUCCAAUUCCAACUCACUGUCAACGUUGCUGCUUUGGUAAUAAAUAUCAUUGCUGCAGUUUCUUCAGGUAAAGUUCCACUAACAACUGUACAAUUACUGUGGGUGAAUCUGAUAAUGGAUACACUCGGCGCUCUGGCUCUUGCAACCGAACGACCCACUGCAGACUUGAUGGAAAAACGGCCCAUUGGUCGAUCUGAACCACUUAUAACAAACGUUAUGUGGAGAAACCUCAUCGUGCAGGCUCUUUAUCAGAUUAUGAUUUUACUGAUCUUGCAGUUCGAGGGAGAGUCCAUCUUCAAGGUGAAUGAAAAGGUUAAGAGAACUUUAAUUUUUAACACGUUUGUUCUUUGCCAGGUUUUCAAUGAGUUUAAUGCCAGGAAUAUGGAGAAGAAGAAUGUGUUCAGAGGGAUUCAUAAGAAUCAUUUGUUUCUGGUGAUUGUGACAAUUACAAUUGUUUUGCAAGUGGUGAUGGUGGAGCUCCUAGGUAGGUUUGCUGAUACGGAGAGGUUGAAUCAAGAUCAGUGGUGUGCUUGUGUUGGAAUAGCAGCUCUUUCUUGGCCAAUAGGUUGGAUUGCGAAGUGCAUUCCGUUUGAGAAACCCUUUCCCAACCUUUCAAGUAUAAAAUCUUCAAAGUCCCCAAAAAUUUAAUUUCCAUCAAUUAUAUUUCUCCUUUUCUUUUAUAUAGUUUGGGUAUAUAUUAAGAGUUAUUAUUCUGGAAUUUAAUUGGUUCAUGUCA